UUGUUAAAGAUUACCUGAGCCAGAAUGCAUCACGUCUUUCCUCGGAUAGCGUGAAAAGAAUAGCGACAAAUCCUUUGCGUGUCUUAGAUUCAAAAAAUCCGGAAGAUAUACCAAUCAUUCAAAAUUGUCCAUCAAUCACAGAAUUUUAUAAUACGAAAUCUGCUGAAAGGUUUAAUGCUGUAUGUCAGGGACUUCAAAAGUUAGGAAUACCUUACAAAAUUAAUCCACGACUAGUUAGAGGACUGGAUUAUUAUGAAGACACUGUAUUUGAAUUCAAAUGUACGGAUUCUAGACUCGGUGCUUCACAAGGAACUGUACUUGCUGGUGGGAGAUAUGAUAAUCUUGUUCAAUUGAUGGGUGGAAAAGAAAAAGUUCCAGGAAUAGGAUGGGCUGCAGGAGUAAACAGGCUAGCCGCAAUAUUGCGAGAUGAUGAUAUUCUACGGGAAAGGCCAAUUGCG